GUAUAGUCAGCCAAUCACAACUUGACCCAGACACUGGGUCCGGUGAUGUCAAGCACAUUAAACUAGGAUAGAGUUGCUACGAGCUGUGUGGCUUAAAUGUGAGACUUACAUAGGGCUGCGUCACAAGAGAGAUAACCAUCAAGAUGGCAACUCACACAGUGUUAAAACUUAUCUGCAUUUUUGUAUUGACUCGUCUUUCUACUAGCAACAGACCAGACCAGUAUCACCAUCCUCACCACUCGCAUCAUAAGUGCCCUGGUCACCUAAUUACGUAUAGAGACCGUUGCUUCUUGGUGCCAUCAGAACUCAACUGCCGCUGGCAUUUUGCGGUGAAAUAUUGCAAGAUACACGAGAUGGUGAUUUGGGAGUCACAGUCGAAUGAAGAGCUAGAGUUUGUGAGAACACUUUUUGGGAAAAUAAAGUUCUGGAGCGGAAUUUACAGAGCACAUACGGGUGAGGUAAUGUCACUGAGCCAUCAUACUUUGAACCUAACGUUGACCAUGGCAGAGAUCAACGAAACUGACACUAGGUAUUGUGUUGCCUUUAAUAAUGCCAUAGGAUAUUGGGAAAAUAGAGACUGUGAUGAAAAAAAUACCUUUAUCUGCUCUGUUACGCUGAAGGACAUAUUACAUCUGAGAAAACACAAGGAACAGCACCGUCUAUCUCAUAAAUCUCCUCCAGUUAAUACAGUUCUCGGUAUUGUAAUAGCUAUAAUGGCGGCUCUCGCAUUGAUUGCAGCCAUUUACAACAGACGUUCAAUUAAGGACAAAUUCAAUAAAGGCAAUUUCAGGCACUCUUUGUUUUCAAAACUGCAAGAGCAGUAG